UUUUUUUCCUUUUCAUUUUAUUUUGGAUCCUGCUAAAAUUAGUCGGGACUGCUCUGGGUGUUGCGUGUUAAUUUGAUUUACUCCGGGAUUCCGGCUUUCCAAGACGCCAUUUUCCCCCCUUUCUCGCUCUAUCACGUUCUAUUUAUCUCUCUCUCUAUCAUUUAUCUCCCGAGCUGUCUCUCCGUCUGUCUGUCCGUCCAUCUCCCUCUCCCCGGUGCCUUCCUCCUCCCCCCGCCCUCCUCCCUCUGCGCUCUGCGUGCGCUGCGCGGCCGGGCGCUCCCCUCAUCCCCAUCUGACAGAUGAACACCGCCAUGGGUUUGCCGCAACACAAGCAAAAGCACCUUUGGGGGCUGUGGCGAGGGAUUGAAACCGGGAUCUAAAAGAGAAGAGACAAGAAGGGGGGAAAUCCGAGGAAGGAGGAGGAGGAGGAGGAAGAAAGAAGAAGAAGAGGAAGCUGCUAAGAAGCCCCCGCUGCCGUUUUGGGGAUAUGGUGGCAGAUUUGGUCUCUUCUGAGCAACUUGCAGCCUCUGGGUGACCAGGACAUUGAAUUUGGUGGACAGUGACCAUUCGCUCCUUGGGAUCACAGCUGCCCUUGCUUUCCUCACCCCCUCCCGCACUCCCCUUCCCUCCAACAAAACUCCAGGGCAUUGUGGUAUUGCUAUGGAGCCCAGGGAGACUUUGAGCAGCUCCCGGCAGAGAGGAGGCGAGGCAGAUUUUCUGCCUGCUGCUGUCACCUCCACGAAGCCUCCUCCUGUCUCCAGCUGCGCAGGGGAGACGAUGCUGCCUGCAGCAGGCUCGGGGAAGGGGAUCCCAGUGAGCAGUGAGAGGCUGGAGCCAGAGGAAGAGGAUGAGCUGGGUUCUGGAAGAGACGUGGAUUCCACUUCCAAUGCGGACAGUGAGAAGUGGGUGGCGGGAGAUGGCCUGGAGGAGCAGGAGUUUUCCAUCAAGGAGGCAAACUUCACAGAGGGGAGUUUAAAGCUAAAGAUCCAGACCACCAAGAGAGCGAAGAAGCCCCCAAAGAACCUGGAGAACUAUAUUUGCCCUCCCGAGAUCAAAAUCACCAUCAAGCAGUCUGGGGAGCAGAAGCUUUCCAGAACUGGGAAAAACAGCAAAACAGCUAAAGAGGAGGACAGAUCACACUCCAAAAAGAAGAGUCAGAUGAAGAAUUUGGGAAGAGAGUGUGGGUUCCCUGUGCAGAGUCCAGUGACGAAAUCUGUGAACAAGGUUUAUGACAGGCCACAGAAACAUUCUGCUCUGCACUAUGAUUCGGGCCUUCAACAAGACUUCACCAGUGACACCUUAAAAUCAAAGCACCAGCAAAAAAGUAGCAACCAGCACCAUCUUGACUGGUCAGCGAGCCCCGAUACCGGAUCCGCUUCUCAAAGUUGUUUCAUCAACACAGAACCCAGCAGGGAAGCAGUUAGUGCAACCAAGGUCUCUGCUCUGGAGCCAGGAGUUCCCUUCAGCAAAUCCCAGGCCAAAAAGUCCUGCAGCAGCAGCAGCACAUGGGGGCAGCUGUCAGUCAGUAGUAAAGAGCUUGGUAUUUGCAGUGCAGUCCCGUCACCCAGCGGCAUCAGCGUGGCCGCCCAGCCGAGCAGUGCCUCCGACUGCAGUGGGCUUUUGCCUCUUGGGGAUCCAGAGGGAGGUGUGCAGCUGGAGGCCCCUGACCAGCCCGCUGGAAGUACGAAGAAGAAGUCCAACAAAAAGGACUUGAUAAGUCAGACCAUCCAAACCACGGACAUGGAGUGGGUGAAGAGUGCCCAGAAAGCAUUUGACAGCAAAUCCCAUGACAGCAUGGAAGGGAAAAAGGAGUCUUACUCGAUGGACAGCAUGUUGGAUACAUCACCCUCAAAGCAGAAUCCCAUUUCUGCCAGCAGUUGUGAAAGUGACACCAGUCAUGUACGAAUUACUAUCCCAAUAAAGUCUCCGACGACAGAUGCGUCUGGCCACAAAAGGAAAAAAAGGCAAUCCAUGAAAUCUUCUAUAGAGAAAACUAUCCAGGAGAAAAGUCUGCCUUCUGUACUUACUAUGAGCAGUGAAAUAGCAAACAGGACUAGCUCUCAAUCAGAGGCGAGUAAGAAAGAUCUUCGAGCCUCAAAGCCAGGGAAAGUGAUAGAAAACGAGUCCCCAUUAGUAUCUAUUGACAGCAGUGUGUUCACUGACAAAGCUUCCCCCAACAGUGCCGCCAGAGUCAGAAAACCUCUAGCAGUGACAUCCACUCUCCUGCCCACCGACCUUUCCACAGCUGGCAAAUUAUCUGAAGUCCAGCACCCCAAACACGCAGCUAAGCGGCGAUGGACCUGCAGCAAACCUAAAUCUAUCCUUCGGGAGACCUCCAUGACAACAUCUGAGAAGCUGAUGGUGGAGCCUCCCUCAGCCUAUCCCAUCACACCAUCCAGCCCUCUGUACACCAAUACAGACAGUCUUACUGUGAUCACGCCUGUCAAGAAAAAAAGAGGACGACCAAAGAAACAACCUUUGCUCACUGUUGAAACCAUUCACGAGGGAACCUCCACCAGCCCAGUGAGUCCAAUCAAUCGUGAAUUUCCAGGAACAAAGAAAAGGAAGAGGAGAAGGAAUCUGGCCAAGUUGGCCCAGAUGGUCCCAGGAGAGGACAAGUCCAUCAGUGAACUUAAGUUUCACAAAAAGGUCGGGAAGCUUGGAGUCUUGGAUAAGAAGACCAUCAAGACCAUUAAUAAAAUGAAAACUCUUAAGAGGAAGAAUAUUCUCAAUCAGAUCUUGUCCUCCUGCUCCAGCAGCAUAGCUCUGAAAGCAAAAGUCCAGCCACCAUCUAGUGCUGGGCCAACCACCAUUGAUGCCAGACUAGGGAAGCAGAUCAAUGUUAGCAAGAGGGGGACUAUCUACAUUGGUAAAAAACGAGGCAGAAAGCCAAGGGCAGAGCUGCAGACUCAGCCAGAAGAACCUAAGACAGCCAUCAAGCACUCAAGGCCUGUUUCCAGCCAGCCAGAAAACCCAGCAGUGCCUUCCAACCUGCAGUCACUUGUGGCAUCGUCACCAGCAGCUAUUCAUCCGCUUUCGACACAGGUAGUGGGGACUAACGGCAACCUUAGCCCUGCAAGCACUGAAACAAAUUUUUCAGAGUUAAAAACUAUGCCAAAUCUUCAACCUAUCAGUGCUCUUCCUACAAAAACCCAGAAAGGAAUGCACAGUGGAACUUGGAAGCUGUCUCCACCCAGGCUAAUGGCUAAUUCACCUUCCCACCUCUGUGAAAUAGGUUCUCUGAAAGAAGUCACGCUGUCGCCAGUGAGCGAGUCUCACAGUGAGGAAACCAUCCCGAGCGACAGUGGGAUAGGUACAGACAACAACAGCACCUCUGACCAGGCCGAGAAAAGCUCAGAAUCCCGCCGGAGAUACUCCUUUGAUUUCUGCACCCUGGACAAUCCAGAGGCUAUCCCAUCUGACACCAGCACAAAGAACAGGCAUGGUCACCGGCAGAAGCAUCUCAUUGUGGAUAACUUUCUCUCUCAUGAGAGUAUUAAAAAGCCAAAGCACAAGAGGAAAAGGAAAAGCCUGCAGAACAGAGAUGACCUCCAGUUUCUGGCAGACCUUGAGGAACUCAUCAAUAAGUUCCAAGUGUUCAGGAUUUCCCAUAGAAGCUAUACAUUUUAUCAUGAAAAUCCAUAUCCCAGCAUCUUCAGGAUUAAUUUUGAUCACUACUACCCUGUGCCAUAUAUCCAGUAUGACCCAUUGCUCUAUCUUCGCAGGACCUCUGACAUGAAGUCUAAGAAGAAGCGUGGUAGACCUGCCAAAACCAAUGACACCAUGACAAAGGUGCCUUUUUUACAAGGGUUCGGUUACCCUAUUCCCAGUGGGAGUUACUAUGCACCCUAUGGAAUGCCUUACACAUCAAUGCCUAUGAUGAAUCUUGGUUACUACGGUCAGUACCCAGCUCCUUUGUACCUGUCUCACACGCUCGGAGCGGCUUCCCCAUUUAUGAGACCUACCGUGCCCCCACCCCAGUUCCAUGCAAGCUCUCACAUGAAGAUGUCCACCACUGCCAAACACAAAGCGAAACACGGAGUGCACCUACAAACCCCUGUGGGAAUGGGCCUUGGAGACAUGCAGUCCCCUUUAGCUCCUCCAAAGGUUGGAGGGACGAGCCUUUCAAGUGGCCGACUUCACAAAAGGAAACACAAACAUAAGCACAAGCAUAAGGAUGAGCGGAUACUGGGGACACAUGAAGAUCUGAGUGGUCUCUUCGCCAGCAAGUCCACUGGCUUCUCCAGCCAUACCAUGAAUGAAAGGCUGAGUGGCUCAGACAAAGACCUCUCCUUGCUCAACGAGAAAAGCAAGCAUAAGGAGAAGCAGAAGCACCAGCAUUGUGAAACCGGGCACAAAGGCUCAAAGAGUAACUUUGAAGUGGAUACACUGUCUACAUUAUCACUUUCUGAUACCCAGCAGUGGUCACAGAGUAAAGAUAAAAACGACUCAAGCAGUGAUCCCAUUGACUCUUGCACAAAGAGAUACUCUGGUAAUACUGAGAGUAAUGGAAGGUCAGAGUCCCUGGACAUGUUUGGUGAAAUGAAUUCCUCAAGUGAGAAGCGGGACAAUGAUGCAAGUGGGAAUAAAAGAAGAAGCUUUGAAGGGUUUGGAACUUACAGGGAAAAGGACAUUCAGCCCUUCAGGACAAAUAAGAAGGACAGAAGUACUUACGAUUCUUCAGCCUCUUCAGGUAUUGCAGGUCCCCACUUAAAAGCAGACCAGACUUCACUUCAUGGUAAAAUGGAAAGUUCUGCCUGUAACGUGAUGACCAGAAGGAAACCAGCAGCUGUUGACAGUGUUGCAAUGCCAAGUCCAGUAUUAUCUCUCCUACCUUCAUCAGCAGCAACAUCUGAAGCAGCCAGCUCACCACUGAAGAAAAGGUUCAAGCGCCGUGAAAUCGAAGCAAUCCAGUGCGAGGUGCGCAAGAUGUGCAACUACACCAAGAUCCUGUCCACGAAGAAGAACCUGGAUCAUGUGAACAAGAUCCUGAAAGCCAAGCGGCUGCAGAGACAAUCAAAGACAGGCAAUAACUUCGUCAAGAAGCGGAGGGGUCGUCCUCGGAAGCAACCUCUUUCCUUCGACGAAGACUCCAGAGACCAAAUGCCCGUUCUGGAAAAAUGCAUUGACCUUCCCAGCAAAAGAGGUCAGAGACCAACACUCAAUCCUUUGAUAUUGGAGCAAGCAGCCACUCAAGAUACUAUCAUGGCCACCAUCGAGGCUGUCAUACAUAUGGCUCGAGAGACACCACCCCUGCCACCUCCUCUUCCUCCUCCACCCCCUCCGCUCCCUCUCCCUCUACCCCGGGCACCCCGGGUUGGGAAAAGAAAAAACAAGUCCCCACAGGAGGAAGAGGAGGAUGUGAAAGUGAAGCGGUACCGGAAGGGCAGGGGGAGCGAAAGUGAAGGCCUUCCCUAAGGCCGGGGCACCUCGUCGGACGUCGGGUGCCAGUGGCGGAGCACGCCAGGGCGGAGGGACGGGAGGCACGCUGUCCGUUUGGCCCCUUUGGCAGCACCAGACUCACCCGUCCCUCCAGCAACCAGAACUCAUUGCAGAGAGCUCUGCCAGCCGGGGCGCGCAUCUUCCUCUUCAUCGCUUUGACCCAAGCCCGCCCCCCAAGGGAAGAGGGGGAAAGGGUGCGGGGAAAGGUGGGGGAUAAAGGGGAGGGGGAUGUGUGUGAAAGCUGGUAAAAAAGCAUCUAAGCUCUGCAGAGUUUCCAAAAUUAAUCUAAAUCUCAGCAUUGCUGUUCUCGUACCGUACCCGGAGGCGGGAGGUCAUCCUCGCAGAGAGCUGAACGUUGGCACUGGGGGCGGCGUGCUCUACUCUGAUUCUGUUUAGCAGGCCAGGUGAAACUAAGAGUAACUUUACCAUAGCAGAAAUCACUGUAAAAAAAAAAAAAAAAAAAAAAAAAAAAAAAAAAAAAGAAAGAAAGAAAAAAAACCCUACAAAAAAUAGUGUAAUUUUCUCAACUGUGAUAUGGGUUAUAAUCUGUCUGAAUUUUAUUUUUUUUUCCAGUUUUACAUACCUACCAGGCUUUGGGACAGCAUAACCCAAAGUGCCUGACUCCUGCUAUAUGAAGAACUAUAUGUCUCUUUCUCAUUUACUUGCCUAGUUAUUAGCUGCAAUAUAGGCAAUAGAAAAUUAGAGCCUUACACGCGUGCACACUCAUUCCGAGUGCUAUCCCAAGGACCGACGGAAUAUCACAGAAUUUAAAAUAAGGUGUACAUGGAUAUUCAGUUACUAUAGCAUGUUUAUAUGAAGCAACUUGGCAAUGGCAUGUGAAAAAGGGGUCAUCCAUCAGCCAAGUUGUUUUGAUGCUCGGUACAUAUGAGUAGAGAACAGCAAGACACUUCUGGGGAAUAUAGUUAUAGUAAACAUGGACAAAAUCACCAAAAAAAUAAUAUAAAAACAUAAAAGAAAAAAAAAAAAGAACUUAAAAAUUGACUAAAAAGACAGGGCCCAAACCUACCCAUUUUUACCACCUGCAAUUCCCAGUGAAAUUGAAGGGAAACCCAGGAUCCGAAUAAUUUGCAUUGUUUAGCAAUGACUUGAUAUUAUCUUUUAAAGAAAAUAGAUAAAGUAGAUUGUUUUAAAAAACUAUAGAACAGACCCUAUCAAUAAUAGGUCCUUUCUUGGCAAUUAUUUCUUAAAAAUUAAAAGGAAUAAGUGUUCUUAUCUGAAAAUAGAAAUAAAAAUGUUCAAAGGGUAUCACCACUGCAAUUGUAUUAAUGCCACUUUGGACACGUUCUCCAAGUUGUGGUUGCCUUAAUAAACUAAAAAAAUAAUUUUUUUUUUUUUUUGUACAUAAUGUAAUUAUAAACCUCUCAGUCUGCAUGGAUGCAAACUGUGUGUGACAAAUCGUCUCUUUAAAUGGUCAGUUCAAAUUGUACAUUUCUCAUUCGAGUUGUCCGUUAGCCAUUGAUUUAACUUGGGUAAAAUACCCAAGCUUCAUUUCCACAGCCCAAUUAAAAUGUUUAGCUAAAACAAAGACUGAACAGGAAGCUGUUCCAUUGCAGUGUCAAUGCUUUAAAAAAAAAAAAAAAAGUUAAUUGUUGAAAUUUGAAAUAGGUACUUUCAACUUUAUAUCAUUUCUUUUUAACGUCCUGCAGUACACUCAACACCUGGCAUGUGAAGAUGGAUAUUAAAAUGAGAACAGAGAGGGAAGAUUACAGCAAGGGAGUGGGGAUUGGAAUUGUUUAAUGUUCACAAGCCAACUUGCUAUUCCCUUUCUUGAGAAAUCUUGAAUUGGUUUAUUGCCAAGGAAACUUCAUAUAGCACGACA